AUGAGGAAGGUCCGAUGCCGCUCUGGCUGCUGGGCCCUCGCCCUUUGCACCCUGGGCAUAGGUCGGAUUCUGCCAGACGUCUGCUUCGCACCGGCCUCAAGGGUGCCUCGCACGCUUGACACACGGGGCACGCAGCGCCGCGCGGGCCUGCAGCCGCCGCAGCUCGUUGGCGACAAGUCCGACCCGCCUGUGGAGACGGGCCGGAACCCGCAAGCCGUGGCCACCGAGUUCGCCUGGGGUAUCGUGCUCCUGCCCCUGUCAGUGCUGGGCCUCGUCGUCGCAUACCUCUUCAGCGGCUUCCUGAGCGUGCCGCUGUCGGAGUCGCUGGCUGCCCUGAUCUCCAUUGAGGACGACUAUAACCGCAAGAAAAAGUGCGAGAGUGAGGAGAUGGGACUCCGCCAGCGCCUAAGCCGCUGGUUCCACUGGGCCGAGCCCAACCGACGCGUCGACUUCGAGAUCAAAGGGCUCCCAAACGGCCCUUUGAAGGACCGAAGCGAGAGGGGUGAGAGGGGUAGCCGUAGAACGAAGGCCGGCCAGCUAGACAAGAUCCGGCAGCGUGGUAAAGAUGCUGCGGAGGACAUUGCCAUGACCGUCGAGUACUUCGUGGCCGGCAACGGCAUCAUCGACGACUCUGGCUCCUCCCGGAUGGCCGACCGCAUCGCCCAGGACGAGGCCUCGCGGGGCUACCCCGAGGCAGAGAAGUUCGCCGAGAAGGCUCUCCAUGAAGGGCGGAAGGCCUUGUCAGAGACCGUCUCGCUGCUGCAGGAGGCAAUGGACAGUCAGGAGGAGGAGGAGGAGCCCAUGGCCGAGGAAGCCGAGAUUUUCCAAGCUGCCGGGCAGCCGAAGACCGCGCGCCCUGACCAGCAGUCAGAGAAGGUGACCGCGACCACAGAAGUCCCGCGCCAGUCCACGGUGGCCGCAGCGACGGCAACACUCGCGCCGGAGGCGCCCACGGAGAUUUUCCGCAAGGACUACCUUGCCCCGAACUACUGGAUCCGAGAGGUGGACCUUACAGUUCGGAUCUUCGAAGGUCGCACGGAGGUGCUCUCCCGGCUACGGCUAGAGCCGCGCAGCGGCGCACCUGGCACUGACCUGACCUUGGAUGGCGAGGACCUGAAGCUCAAGAGUGUGGCUGUGGGUGGCACGGCCCUGGCGGAGGGAGAUGGCUACACCGUCGAGGCUGAGAAGAUGACAGUGGCAGGCAAGGCGCUUGAAGCAGGCGACCCUGACAACCUCUGGCUCGAGAUCGAGGUUGAAAUCGAGCCGGAGAAGAACACCCAGCUCUCCGGCCUGUACUACAGCGGCAGCAUGUACUGCUCGCAGAUGGAGGCCGAAGGCUUCCGGCGCUUCACCUAUUUCCUGGACCGCCCAGACGUCAUGGCCAAGUUCACGUCGGUGCGCUUGGAAGCCGACGAGACGACCUGCCCCAUCCU